AUGGCAGCUUCUGGCUGGCUGACAGGAAGACUUCGCGAUCUGGCGGAGCUUGGCCAUGGGGAUGGACGAGCUGAGCUGAUCGCGAAGCUUUAUCAGAAGAUAUCAUUUGUGGAUAGCUGCUUCCUCGGCAAGAAGUCAUUAUUCGAUGAAAUAGCCGUCGACGAGAAGAGCUGGGAGGAAGCAAUCGAUGCACAUCGAGCAGAGGCUGCCAAACAAUUGGUUCCGCUGAGACCCAGGGUCUUUCAGAUGCUGAGCGAGGCACCGGUGCAGGUGCAGAUGGAUGAGGCCGAGUCGCAGAGCAGCCGAAGCCCACCGAGCUCCAGCAAGAAGGAGCACAUCAGCACGGAGGUUGUUUACCUCAAGUCCGAAGUGGUCCGUGGUGUUUUGCAGCUGCACAAGGUGAGCCAGGCUCUCGAGGGCUACAAGGUUUUGCUUCGUGCUGAGGAAAUAUGGGGUGUGGCGAGAAGAUCCCGGCUCUUCUCCAACUACUGCUCCAAGCUGCAGGAUCAGCUUAGAUAUCGCACAAGCCUGGAAAGUCAACGUGGAGGUCUGCUGGAGAUCUCCGGCGGUUUCGUCUGUUUGCGAAGCUGGCGACGAUUUCUGGAGACAUCUGAUAUGAUGAAGAGGUGGCGGAACCAUUCCAAAGUGCUCUCGAAACAGGAGCACGACAUCGAGACAGGCAUUCGAUUGGCUGCUGCAGCUUGGUUCAUCUUACGCCAGCCACAUCAAGAGAUGUUCAAGGACCAAGUGACCUGGGGCAGGCUUCAAAGACGCCUGCUCCACACGCUGAGCCAGGCAGCCGAAAGGGAGACGCUGAGCAUCGCUAUGCCAGAUAUGCCUCCGUUGCAGCCCGAUCACAACUUCCACCCGGCAAGCAAGAUGCUUCGCUGGAUGGGAGAUUACUUCGUGGAGAUUGCAAACCUCGGUCCCAGCUCGCCAUCGACAGAUUCAUAUCUCGGGGCGGCGGCUUCUGUGCAAGCAAUAUGGACCUCUUCGGAUUUCAUGCUGCGAUACACCCGCCGAACUGAAGAGGAUCUGACGGAGGCCUUGAAACUGAUGAAAUUCAAAUCUGUGGGGCUGAUUUGUGAUGCUUCUCCGAAAGCCAAGAUGGAUGCUGCUCGCUUGCAAGGUUCAUUGUUUCGGAUUUCUCGUUUCGAUAUUAGUCAUGUUUUCUGUGAUUGUCCCGAUCGACAGAUUUGGCUUCCGAUCCUCGUGAUGCCCGAAACGAUCGGCCUCGGGACCCUGCAGCGGCUGAGUGCUUUGCUGGCUUCGACUGCAAGCCACGACGAGAAGAUGAAAGCGGCCGCCCUGAUAUCUGAUUCUCGAACAAUGAGUGUGCUCGGCGAGAUGCAGAAGAAAGAUAACAAAAAACAGCUGAAGCUUGGGCCGAAAGCCCUCAACAAGAUCAAACAGGAGAGAUUGGCAUCGAGGCAAGAGCUGAAAGCGGUGGUGAAUAUUCUCAGCCACGUUGGGCUGGACAUGGAUGCCUUCUAUCCGAAGCAGCCUUUGCUUCCUCGAGGAAGCAAUGAGGCGAGACACGUUCACCAAAUCGGCUCCGAGAACUGUUGCUUUGUUUACGACAAAGACAGCGGCGACAGCCGGUGGGACGUGCCGAUGCACUCCGCAUCGGAGGAUGUCCGACUUGUGUUAUGUGCCGAUCAGGGAUCACCUUUGUACUCCUGUUUUCAGUACCUGGCUUUUGCUGGGUUGAACGUGUGGCUGAUCCGGGAUGAGCUGCAUGACAAUGCUAUGUGGGUGGCUCUUUCGGGCGCGGAAAUCACCCUGGAAUACGCGAAACCCGAUGACCUGUUGAUGCAAAUGUUUCAGCGAGAUAUUCUCAAGGAGAACGACUACGAGGAAACCUCAGACGAGACGCUGAACUUCAACAGGGUCAUGGAAAUCCUCGGCAAGGUCUUGACGAGCGAGGAGAUGUUCUCCCUCUUCCGUGUGGCUCGCCUCGUCCUCGAUCCCUUCAGGGAGUUGUGUGUGGAGCUUGCCUUGAGUUCCAGCGGUCUGGGCAUGAUCCCAGACAUUGCCGCCGGAGCCGGAGCAGACCAG